AUGUGUUUUUGUUCGCCAUUUUUUUUCAACAUAUUCAAGCAAAUAACCGAAUUAAAUGAUCUCAAUGAAGCACAAACAUUUCUAGUUAAUACAUGUACGGAUUAUAUCGCUUGGUAUGAAGAUAAUCGUCGUCAUCAUGACAUCUAUUCUGUUGUUCGUACAACUCUAUUAAAACCGUUUACACAAUGGUUUCAAAGUCACGUAUCUACCUUUCGACAAUGGAAUCAAUUGACCAACAAUGUUAUAGACAAACAAUGUGCUAUUAUGUUCGAUUUUGGCUUGAAGAAUGAUGAAAUACUCAGUGGUGAUAUUCGUGAUGAUUGUGAAAAACUUAUUGAUGGUUCUGUUUUCAUUCUGUCGCCAUUAUCAAAUUCUACAACUGGCAACAUCGAGUAUCAAUUUGAUAGCCAUUUUUUGGUGCAACACAAUCAAAUUAAAGAAGAACUGAUAAAGGAAGGUAUAUUGCCACAGUUUAUUCGAUGUGCAACAGAAAUCAAAUUUGAUCCGUUGAAAGAACAGCAACCAGUGCUCGAGAUUCUUCUUGCUAUGACAUUCAAUAGCCAAGCAGCUACAUUACUCAAGCAAAAUUCACAAUUCGUAUCCCAUCUUAAAACAUUUCUAACAUUAUCACUUGAACAAGGCGUGAGACGCGCUGCUGAAGGUCUUAUUUGGAAAUUGGAAAAAGAAGACACAGCAGCUGCUAACUCAGUCACAAACUCGACUAUGCAAAGUGCUAUGAGUUACAAAUAUGACAUUAUGUUGAGUUAUUCUCACAGUGACAAGGAUCUGUGUUAUCGUCUUCAUGAUCAUCUGAAUAAAGAUCAAUUUCGUGUAUGCCUCAAUAGAGAUGACAUGCAUGGAGCAACUAUGGUCGCGAUGGCUGAUGCAAUUGAAAAUUCGCAAUUUGUUUUAACCUGUAUGUCAGAUGCAUACAAACAAAGUGCCUAUUGUCAAUCCGAAGCUCAUUAUGCUUAUGAGCGUCGCUGUCAUUUGAUACCAAUUGCAAUGAAGCCAAACUAUAGACCAGAUGGAUGGUUAGGUUUCACAGUCAGUGAAAAGAUCUACAUUGAUUUUCCAAAACUCGGUUUUGAUCAAACUUAUCUUAAAUUAAAAAAUGAAAUCGAUCAACAACGAAAGAACUUCCAGCAUUUAACUAGGAAUUAA